CUCGAAUUAAACGUCUCUUAUCCUUACGACAGCAACAAGCAACAUUGAAGGGGUGACCGAAGUCCCAUUGAGCUUCGCCCACCAUGUCGACCAUCACAAGAACCCUCACCAAUUAUUGGCGAAUAGGAAUAAAGGAAUACUUCCACCAAAUGCAAACCAUCGGCGACACGAAAGCUGGUACCUUAGUCGGCGUUGACCGUUUGGGCAAUAAAUAUUUCGAGAACGGGGAAGAGCUGCCUCUACGAACCAGAUGGGUGGACUACAAGAACUCCGACUACGACGCGUCCCAUAUUGAGCCCGGCUGGCACGCCUGGUUGGCCUACACCGUCGACAAAGCACCUUCACAAGACCCGUCACUUGCAUACACGAAGCGAGUAUGGGGGGAUAUCGACGUCAAGACUAUUCCUAACUAUACUUUGACGCGGGGAGCCUACAAGCCGUAUAGCACGACAAAGUCGAAGAUUACGAUGUGGGAGCCUACCGCCAUCGAGAGGAAAUAAACAUUCAAGAAAGAAGUUGUGUACAUACCUAGUCAUGAUGGUUAGGGAAAGCUAGGACCAAAGCAAUGAUAGCCAUAUACCCACCGUCGCCUAGAUUUAUACCGUACUUCCAUCCAACGAGGGCAUAUGGUAAACGAUCUAUUAUCCGUUUUCUUUAGUCGUCCCGAUAAAUUCAAUACUAUAUUCAACACAACGGUAAGCCUAGGAGUUCCACAGAAACAGACUUCGACAAGACCAACAAUGGCGAGAAGGGGUUUAUUCGGACACGGUCUUGC